GAGAUCUCAGGCAAGUACUUUAGCUGGAUACAUCUAUGGAUGCCCAUCGUUUCUAAAUCAAAGUGGAAACGCCUGACCGGGCCACUGGCUCGACCUACUCCUGAUGUCAAACUAUUACUUUUUGCGAUGAAAGUCCUUCUUUGGACACCCUCUGGAGAGGCGAAGUCACGGCAACCACGACAUAGAGAAUAUACGGUCCUCAAGGAGCAUCUAGCGGAGGCCGAGGCGGUCGGUAUCAUGACGUUAGAGUUGCUUCAGGCCUGGAUUCUGACCACGAUCUAUGAAUACGCGCACGGAGUCUACCCAGCGCCGUACAUAUCCAUUGGUACAUGUUUUCGAUAUAGUUUGGCUCUAGGCUUAAACAGGAAGGAUAAGACAGUGAAUCCAAUCACGAUAGCUAGUGAUGCGCAAGAAGAGAGAAGGCGCGUAUGGUGGUCUAUCAUCAUACUUGAUCGGAUAAUUUCC